CGCACGCAUAGUAACCAACAUGGCGACGGCGAAGCUUUACGGUAGCGAGGACAGAUAGCAGCUUGCAAAACAUCUGUUAAAGAUGAUAACUGUGAAUAUACAAUAACAUAUAUGUAUUUAUCAAGUGUUAUUCAUUUGACUGCAUUACCUCAGACGUUCGUGUGAACGUUAAGCACGAUGAUUUCCGGUGAAACAGGAGUAUCUGGAGUAUGAGUUUCUCAUCAUGGACACUAAACCAGGUUACAGUCUUGGCUCAUCUGGCAAACUGAUGAAUCAGUACAUGGUUAAAGACCACAUGUUGUCACAUUACAAAAAGCUGUAUUCAGCCAGAGCUGUUGUGGAUUGUUCAGUGCCUAAAAGCAUGCAUAGCAAUGUCAAAUAUGUUGAUCAAAAGCGGCGUGAGCAAUUAAGGAAAGACACUCUGAGUCAAUCAGGAAGAUCUACUUCCCAGAGGAGCACUAGGAUAAACUCAAGAACUUCCUGUACUUCUAAGAAUAGCAGACCCUCUGUUCAGGGUGAGGACAGUGCUUAUCAUUACCUGGACCAAUCUCUGGUGUCUUCACCCAGGAUUAGCACCUCAUUCCACUCCAAACAAAUCGUAUAUCCGUCCCCUGCGAGUCAUUUCCCGUCCGCCUCGGAGCUGACUUACAGAAGCCCAAACCCUCACUGGCAUCCCGCGGAUCCGUCCUGUGCCACGUCCCCCAGUCAGAGAGAACACCGAAGCUUUCAGGAUCCCACACAGAAGACCUACAGUGGAGACGUUCUGCUGAAACACGCUCAUCGCUUCACUCAGGAGAAACCCUUCACCCCGAGAACGCUCAAAACAGACCACAAGUCCACGCUCUUACAAUACCGCUAUUACACUCCUCCGCGAAGGAAAGCUGAGGAGGAGAAGUCCGCCUGUAAAGUCAUGCGACAGGAGACGUACCACGGGAGCACACGGUCCAAACGAGGUUAUUCUCCACAGCUGGAGUCACGCCAGCCAUUUACUCUUGAUCAUGAGUGGUCGGAUGAAGAAACGGAUUCAUUUAGACAUCACGGCAAGACCAGCAGGUUUAAGGACAGUGAUUUUCUUCUCUCAUCCUCCAGGAUUUCACCAGAAGGCAUGAGGUCUCCCAUAAUGAGAAAGGUUUCAGCAGAGGAGGAGGAAUUAAUGUACCUGGAGUUCAUUACAGACGUGACGAAUGAGAUCUUAACACAAGGCCUUUACUCUGACAGGGUACUGAAGAGAGUUUUUGAACGUCACAUUGAUAUGAACAGACAUCGAUUAGAUGAGAACAAAAUGCGAAAACUUCUAGACAAUCUGCAGGAGGAUCUGCGAAGUCCCCCUGCCGCCCCCAUCACAUCGUACAGUCCUGUCAUCCGUCAGACGCUGCAGUCAGAUGAUGGUGAUGAUCUGCUUCAUAAAGAGUUUAACGAGGACGUCUCUCCUGCUGUAGAGUCCUCUCCUGUGAACCACAGUCGAGCCGGUCUAGAGGACUGUAAUGAAGGCAGCGAGAUCUCCCUGAAUGAUGACGGAUAUCUCAAUCCCAGAAACAACGCUGAGGUGUCCGAGCAGGUUGAUGAACUUGGGGAAAUCAUGGCGGAGUCUUUAAGUGUGUCUGAACCUCAUCAGCAAGUGUUUGAACAAGAGCAGACGAGAGGAGACAUCAGUGAUGAUGAGUUUUAACUAAAAAGCACACUGAUAUUUGCUUCGUGACACUGUAUUUGUUUGCAGUUCCUUUAGAAUUUCAGAUUUCUGUUUUGUUUACUUUUUUAAAUCUUAUUCUACUUUUAUGCAGAGAAGCCUUGUGCGUUAUUAUGAAGUGAUAGUCAUACAGUAUUUCAGCUUUUUAUGUGUAGUAUUCAUUACUUUCCUGAUUUUUUGGGCAUUCAGCAAUUUUGGCAUUUAUUAGUUAGGAUUCAGAAGACAUGCUGUGUUGUAUUUUUGACAAAACAAAACAUUUUGCGACUUAGUUUUACUACUUUUAAUUGGUUUACUUGUACAUGUGCAGUAUUCAUAUUCAGUGGUGCAAUUAUUUAAACCGGAAGAAAGUUUGAAAGACUCAUAAUUCAUCAAAACCAUGUGUGUGUCUCAAAUACAGUCAUUUUUAUUUUAUUUUUUUAUUAAAUAUUGCAUCUGUAAAGGUGUGGCUUAAACACUGAUUUGUAGUUUACACUGAAAUAUACAAUUUAGUUUUGUUUUAGCAGCUGUUGAUUUAAUUGUUCGCUGAGUGUUUUGCCUUUCAACUACUGAGAAA